GAUAUCAUGCCACGUGUACACUCCGAAACAAUCACUUUCGUCCACGUCUUCCUUAAACCCCAAAAAAAAUCCAACCUCACCCGUUAAAAGACCGCCGUCUAACGACAACAGGUGGCGCGCAUCCAACGGCUCAGAUUUCCCUCAUUACCUUCCUCUUUAAAUUUGAAUCCACACCCAAGGCGGUCACAAUGUGAAAAUGGAUGGAUUUAUACACAAGAGAAGAAAGAGAGAAGCGAAGGCCAAAAACGGGGUCGUAAAGCUCAACUCGGAGUUGUUUUCGGGUUCGAUAUCGGUGAUCGGAAGGCAGAGAGUGAUGGAGGACGCGGUGAAGGUGGUGCACGAGUUUGUUUCCGUGGCGGGAAACCCGUACCAUUUUUUCGGAGUGUACGAUGGGCACGGUGGGGCCAGGGUGGCGAGCGCGUGUAAGGAGAGGAUGCACGCGCUGCUGGAGAAGGAGGUGGUGGUGGAGGGAGGGGGAGUGGUGGUGGAGUGGGAGAAGGUGAUGAGGUCGUGCUUUUGGAAGAUGGAUGAGGAGGUGAGGACUGGAGGUGGUUGCGGUAGUGGUGGGGCGAAGGUGGAGAUGGUGGGGUCCACGGCGGUGGUAGUGGUGGUUGGGAAGGAGGAGGUAGUGGUGGCUAAUUGUGGAGACUCGAGAGCUGUGCUGUGUCGCGGCGGUGUCGCCGUGCCACUGUCACGUGAUCAUAAGUUACUUCUUGUGCAGCCGGACAGAGCUGAUGAAAUGGAGAGAGUGGAAGCAGCAGGAGGAAGGAUCUUAAACUGGAAUGGCUCUCGUGUCCUUGGUGUACUUGCUACUUCAAGAUCUAUAGGAGAUCACUAUUUGAGGCCAUAUGUGAUAUCCGAACCAGAGGUCACUGUCACAGAGCGAACUGAGUUAGAUGACUUCCUUGUAAUAGCCAGUGAUGGUCUAUGGGAUGUUGUCUCAAACAAGUUUGCCUGCGAGGUCGUAAGAAGAUGUCUUGAUGGCCAAAUCAAGCGGAGGAUUUCAGAGGUGUCGAGUGAAACUACUGCUGGAGAUGCUGCAGCAAUUCUAGCAGAGCUGGCAAUGUCUCGGGGGAGCAAUGACAAUAUCAGUGUCAUAGUAGUGGAGUUGAAGAAGUGACAAUAUCAAUGUCAUAGUAGUGGAGUUGAAGAAGUAGAGCUACUGCAAUUCUUGUUAAUAUAGAUAUGAUAUCAUUGAUCUCUUUUUCUGGUAAACUUCAAUGUUGUACUGCUAGAGAGCCUAGAGUUGUUAAAUGAAUGUACAGGGCUGUUUGGGUAUACACGUGAGUAAAAAUAAAGAACUUUUGAAUUAAAUUAUAAA